AUAUAUAAACAGUAAAUAACAGUAACCAAAAACAAAAUUACGAAAAUGAUUGAAGAAAAUGCAAAAUCAGCAACUGCCGCCAUGAACGAGGGAUCAGAGAGAAACAGCUCCUCAUCGAUGAAGAAGACCAGCGUCGACGAAGACGAAUCAGGGGGGAAGGAGGCGGAGAUCGUCGCCGGCGAUUCCGACGGCGCGUUGGCGCCGCCGAAAGCGCAGCCGACGCGGCAUCCGCUGGAGAAUUCGUGGACGUUCUGGUUCGAUAAUCCCUCCGCCAAAUCGAGACAAGCUGCGUGGGGAAGCUCCAUUCGCCCAGUUUACACCUUCUCCUCAGUCGAAGAUUUCUGGCGAGUUUACAACAAUAUACACCAUCCGAGCAAGCUAGCAGUUGGAGCAGACUUUCAUUGUUUCAAAGAGAAAAUAGAGCCAAAAUGGGAAGACCCUAUUUGUGCCAAUGGCGGGAAGUGGACUGUUAGUUUCUCUAGGGGCAAAUCUGAUACUUGUUGGCUCUAUACGUUGUUGGCGUUGAUUGGAGAACAAUUUGAUUAUGGUGAUGAGAUAUGUGGAGCUGUUGUUAAUGUCAGAGCUAGGCAGGAGAAGAUAGCUUUAUGGACCAAGAAUGCUGCCAAUGAAGCUGCUCAGCUGAGUAUAGGAAGACAAUGGAAGGAGUUUCUGGAUUACAACGACCAAAUCGGUUUCAUAUUCCAUGCUGAUGCUAAGAGGCUUGACAGAGGUGCCAAGAAUCGAUAUACUGUGUAAGGACUCUCCUCUUCUUACUCGGUUUUGUCUCUAGACUGCUACAAAUAAUAUUCACUCUUCUAUUCCAAUGCUUUCAAUUUAAUUGUUUCAUAUGUAUCAAUGAAGAGAUGGGUAGGAUUAGCCGUCACUAGUUCUCUCGAAGCCAUAGAUUAAAUAAGAAAAAGAGUUCUUCAGGUGGAGUUUUGGCAUGUAGAGAUCCACUCAGGAUGAUUUAUUUUAUUCUGUUUUGAAUGUGAGUAUACAAAGUUGUCAAUUAUCAUAGAGAAUUCUAUCCACGUAUUUUUCAUUUUUCAUUUUUAUAAAUGUGGUAUUCAUAGUUUCAA